UCUUCUGCACUUUUAUGAAUUCUCUCUUAUAGUACUGGAUUUACAGACGCCUAAAUAUUCUUUCUUUGUUGUAUGUAUAUCAGUAUUUAACAUCUGCCUCCUUACUCUUCAGAUUGACUCAGUGUACUGGUGGGAGCAGUGACAUAUCAUGUGAAGAAACUUUUCACCUUAGACUGGUCCAGGAUGAGUUGAUGAUUGACAUGGAGAAGUCAACACACGAGUUUGGUACCAAUACAGAAGAUAUGGCUGUUGAUAAGAACUGCUCAGUUGCCACGCGAUAUAACUGUAGUAUGUGGGAAAAGGAAUUACAUGUAUAUAGCUGUAAUUUCUGCCAACAGAGCUUUCCUUCAAAAUACAGAUUCAUAAAGCAUGUGUUUAUUCACAUUGAUGGUAUGCAACCACCUUUGUAUGUUCGUAAGUGGUGUGGUGAGGUAUUUCACAGUAAUGUUAGUUUGAAAAAACAUUUGAGAAUGAGUGAGAACUACGAUUUCUCAACUGCUGGCAACCAUGAAAAAUAUGGCUAUAGUGAUGAGCAUCAAAGCACUAGCUUCUCGGAUAGUGAGCUAGACGUUUCUGUCGCAGAACUCAAUAAGCUGAAUUCAUACAAGGAAACGUGGAAAGCUGCAAACAAGUCUGCUAAUGACAUAGGUAACACAAUUAUGACAAAUGAUACACAGGAAACAAAUCAUUAUGGAACUUUAUCUACAACUGUUAAUGUCAGUUUCCUGGGUAAUCUACUUACUGCAAACAGAACCCACAAAUGUGAUAUUUGUGGCAAAUCUUUUGCUCGUGCAGGCAAUCUCAAGAAACAUGGAUUAAUUCACACUGGAAAGAAACCUCACAAAUGUGAGAGUUGUGGGAAAUGUUUUUUUUUCCCAAGCUAUCUCAAGCAACAUGCAUUAUUUCACACUGGAAAGAAACUUAACAAAUGCCAUAUUUGUGGAAAAUCUUAUUUUGUCUCAUGGGAUCUCAAGAAACACUUAUUAAUUCACAAUGGAAAAAAACCUCAUAAUUGUGAGAUUUGUGGGAAAUCUUUUGUUUUGUCAAGCGGACUCAAAACACAUGUAUUACUUCACACUGGAAAGAAUCCUCAUAAAUGUGGGAUUUGUGGACAAUCUUUUGCUGGUGCAGGAAAUCUCAAGAGACAUGGAUUAAUUCACACUGGAGACAAACCUUACAAAUGUGAGAUUUGUGACAAAUCGUUUACCCAGUCAGCUAAUCUCAAGGCACACACAUUAAUUCACAGGGGAAAGAAACCCCACAAAUGCGAUAUUUGUGGGAAAUCUUUUGCAGUGUCAACUUAUCUCAAGAGACAUGCAUUUAUUCACACUGGAAAGAAACCUCACAAAUGUGGGAUUUGUGGGAAAUGUUUUGCUUUCUCAAACGAUCUCAAGAAACAUUUAUUAAUUCACACUGGAAAGAAACUUAACAAAUGUGACAUUUAUGGGUAAUCUUUUGCUUUCUCAAGCGUUCUUAAGAAACGUCUCACUUCACAUUGGAGGGAAUCCUCGUACAUGUGAGAUUUGUGAGAAAUCUCAAGACAUGCACAUUAAUUCACAUAUAAAGACACCUCACAAAGGUGAAAUUUUUUUGACAAAUCGUUUGCCCAGUCAGGUUAUCUCAAGAAACAUACAUUAAUUCACAGUGGAAAGAAACAUCACAAAAUUGAUAUUUGUAGGAAAUCUUUUGUUAGGGCAGGCUAUCACAAGACACAACAUUCAUACACACUGGGAAAGGACCUCACAAAAGUGAAGAAGUGAUCAUUCUUAGAUCAGCUGAUCUCAAGACAGAUGCAUUAGAAUACGUUGGAAGGGGACCUCACAAAUGUGACAUCUGUGACAAAAGUUUAACUCAGUUGGGCACUCUCAAGAGACAUGCAUUACUUCACAUCAGAAAGAAACUACAAGCAAGUGGUAGUUUAUGUAAAUAGGUUUUCCUGUUUGGUGCCCUCAAGGCCUGUAAAAUAAUGGAUGAAGCAAGGGGUCAAUAAAUUAUAAUGCCUGUGAAAUAACAUAAAAAUCUAUAAUUGUGAAACAAUGUGUACUAUAGAUUGGUAACAGAUAAUGUGAUAAUAUAAAAAUCAAUAUCUGCAGCUUGGGACAUCAUUAACACUGCUGUUCUUUUCCUAUCAGUCUCGAGACAGGAAGAUUGUGUAUUGUGAUAAAUCCAUAUGUGUGUCAGUAAUCAUAAGUACCAUGCAAUAUUCAGGCCAAGGAUGUGUGAUGAUUUGCAUAGUCAUCAUGUAUUACUUGUUACUCUGUAUUUUAGAAACAGUGACAGUAAAAAUAUAUUAAUGGCACUUCCUUCAUUCACGCUAGUACACUCCACACUGGAGAAACAUGGUUAUAACAAUUAUUUCACUCAGAUAUGUUUUCUCAAGAGAUGUCGUUAAUAGUAUGUACAUUUAUGUUCUGUUAGUACUCCUGUAUCAGUAAACGUAACAACAAAUAUAGCAUGUUUGACCACCCUUGGAACACAAUACUUCGACAGUUCUACAUGAUAUGGACUUGACAUGUCAUUUAUGUGUUUCAGGAUGUAUGUUAUACCAUUUGCAUUCCACAUGUUCAGAUCAGCUACAUGGUGUGGUCAAGAUGUGUUAGGUACCAUGCUACUCAGACCACUGUGGAGUCAUUCUGCACAUGUGACAUGGACAAUUAUCCUCCUGGAAGAUGCCUUCACCAUGGGAGAGCACAUCCAGGCAUGAAGCAAUCUAUGCAGUGGCUACAAAGGUUACAUAGUCAGCAACUGUCAUGAUCCCUUCAAUUACUACCAGAUGUCCCAAAGGAGCCCGAAUGACUGUCCCCAUAGCGUAAUGGGCUCUCCACCUGGUGCCAUUCACCUAGAUAUAGCAUAUCUGGAUGUGGCAACUGACCUGGUGUAACAGGAAAUGUCAUCCAUCCUGACAGUUGAUAUUUGCGUUGACCUUCAUUGUAGCCUCAAUGAUCCCUGCAGUUGCAAUUGAACAUUUUGGUGGAUUGGUAUGGAAACACAGUUACCAUAUGUUGUGGAGCCCUAUGUUCAACGAUGUACAUUGAAUUGUGGGUUCAAAAAUGUACAUGGCUGCUCAAGCAUUGUUUUCCGUAAUUAGAUAUGCCACAUAUUGCCACAUGUCCAGCUUCACAGAGCAGGCAAGCCUCUGAUCUCCAUGAUUUGUGAUGGAUAGGUGUAUUACAUGUUUUCAUAAGGUUAUCGAUUUAUCACCUUUCAGCCACUUUCCACAGACGUUCACAACAGUAGCAUAGAUCCAGCCUACCAGCUUCACCACUUUUGAGGUUCUAGUUCCCAACUGCAAUGCCACUGUUACCUGCCCUUUGCUAAAGUCACUUAUGUCUUUGGGUUUACAUGUUUGUGACCCAUGUAAUUGGUAGAACAAUUCCUUGUUAAUUUCUGGUCUGCUUAUAUACUUGUAAUCUGCUUAUUGCAUCAUGUAUGUACAACAUAUGGCAUUCAUUCUCCUCACAGGGAGUAUUCAUGACAUUUUUGCCCAUCAGUGCAUCUUCACAUAAAUGGGUCAGAUGCUAAAAUGUGUAAUCUAAUAAAUUCAUUGUUCUUGGCUGGCAUUUACACCAGUGCACAAUAGCUAUAUUUUUUGCAAAUUUUGUUUCACAAAGCUCUUUACAUGAUUGAGAGAUGAUGUAGAUAUGUGUUAUGCACUAAAGCUCUUAAUUAUUUUUUUCAGUAUUUAAUACCAUGUAAGUUCUACACAAAAUGAAAUAGGUAUACAAACAUUAGGUCUUACGAUUUGAUUCCAGUUAUUCGUAUACACAAGAACAACACUUGGGAGAGCUCGGAACAUGAGUACUAAAUAUUUCCUGCAUUUUAUUCAAAGAUGUUUCCAUUGUGGUUAGUUUCCUUAAUGUGUGUAAAUAAACAUGACGUUUUUAGAAA